CUUUCUCUUUGUCUCUUGUAGUUUCCUGAGUGCGGUUUCUACGGCAUCUACGACAAGAUCUUGUUGUUUAAACAUGACACGACGACCCACAACAUCCUGCAGCUGGUCAAGGCGGCCAGCGACAUACAGGAGGGGGAGCUGGUGGAGGUGGUACUCUCUGCCGCCGCCACCUUCGAGGACUUUCAGAUCCGACCGCACGCGCUGAACGUCCACUCGUACCGCGCGCCGGCCUUCUGCGACCACUGUGGGGAGAUGCUGUUCGGCCUGGUGAGACAGGGGCUGAAGUGUGACGGCUGCGGGCUGAACUACCACAAGCGCUGCGCCUUCAGCAUCCCCAACAACUGCAGCGGGGCCCGUAAGCGCCGUCUGUCCACCACCUCGCUGACCAGCAGCCAGUCGCUGCGGCUCAGCGCCAGCGAGUCCCUGAGCAGCGUGGCAACGGCCUCCACCACCUCCACCGCGUCCGAGGAGGCCAGCCUGGUCCGCUCACACACCCAGAUGCCUCGCACGCCCAGCGAGGCCCGCCGCUUCUACACGGGCCGGCCGGUCCACCUGGACAAGAUGCUGAUGAGCAAGGUGAAGGUCCCCCACACCUUCACCGUGCACUCGUACACGCGCCCCACCGUGUGCCAGUACUGCAAGAGGCUGCUGAGGGGGCUCUUCAGACAGGGCCUGCAGUGCAAGGAUUGUAAGUUCAACUGCCACAAGCGCUGUGCGUACAAAGUGCCCAACGACUGCCUGGGGGAGACGGCUGGAGAGAACCGAGGGAACAGUGACACGCUGAGCCCCAGCGUGGACGCGGAGGUCCCCAUGGACUACAGCAGCACCUACGACUCCUCAGACAAGCUGUCCAUGGACGACUCCGACGAGGUCUGCAGCAUCCCGGGCUCCUUCUCCCCCGAGAGCAACCCGGACGGGGUCAGCGGGGACCAGAGCGUCUACAUCCCCCUGAUGCGGGUGGUGCAGUCGGUGAGGCAGACCACCAGACGCUCCUCCACCUCCAUCAAGGAGGGCUGGAUGGUGCACUACAGCAACAAGGACACCCUGAGAAAAAGGCACUUCUGGCGUCUGGACUGUAAGUGCAUCAUCCUGUUCCAGAACAACACCUCCAACAAAUACUACAAGGAGAUCCCCCUCUCGGAGGUCCUGGAGGUCUGCCCGGCGGGGGACUUCUCCCUGGUCCCGGCCGGCACCCCCCCCCACUGCUUCGAGCUCAUCACCGGCACCUUGCGCUACUACGUGGGGGAGGACCCCAACACGCGGGCCCCCCCGCCCCCCGGCCCCGCCCAGGGGACUCCCCAUGCCCCCCCCUCCCCCAGCAACGUGGCGCCCAACAGCGGCGUGGGGCGGGAGGUGGCCCGCGCCUGGGAGGGCGUGAUUCGCCAGGCCCUCAUGCCCGUCAUCUUCCAGGAUGCGCCCCCACCCAAAAACACACCGCACAGGCAGGCGUCCGUGAGCAUCUCCGUGUCCAACAGUGUGAUCCAGGAGAACGUGGACAUCGGCAUGGUGUACCAGAUCUUCGCCGACGAGGUGCUGGGCUCCGGCCAGUUUGGAGUGGUGUACGGAGGUAAACACCGUAAAACAGGGCGGGACGUGGCGGUGAAGGUGAUUGACAAGCUGCGCUUUCCCACCAAGCAGGAGAGCCAGCUGAGGAACGAGGUGGCUAUCCUCCAGAGCCUGCGCCACCUGGGCAUCGUGAACCUGGAGAGCAUGUUCGAGACCCCCGAGAAGGUGUUUGUGGUGAUGGAGAAGCUCCACGGAGACAUGCUGGAGAUGAUCCUGUCUAGCGAGAAGGGCCGCCUGCCAGAGAGGCUCACCAAGUUCCUCAUCACACAGAUACUCGCCGCGCUGAGACAUCUUCACUUUAAGAACAUUGUUCACUGCGACCUCAAGCCCGAGAAUGUGUUGCUGGCUUCCGCUGAACCAUUUCCCCAGGUGAAGCUCUGUGACUUUGGCUUCGCCCGCAUCAUCGGGGAGAAGUCGUUCAGGCGCUCGGUGGUGGGGACCCCCGCCUACCUGGCCCCGGAGGUGCUGCUGAACCAGGGCUACAACCGCUCGCUGGACAUGUGGUCGGUGGGCGUCAUCAUGUACGUCAGCCUCAGCGGGACCUUCCCCUUCAACGAGGACGAGGACAUCAACGACCAGAUCCACAACGCCGCCUUCAUGUACCCGCCCAACCCCUGGAAGACCAUCUCCAGCGACGCGAUCGAUCUGAUCAACAACCUGCUGCAGGUGAAGAUGAGGAAACGCUACAGCGUGGACAAGAGCCUGAGCCACUCCUACCUGCAGGACUACCACACCUGGCUGGACCUGCGGGAGCUGGAGACCAAGCUGUGCGAGCGCUACAUCACCCACGAGAGCGACGACACCCGCUGGCAGCUGUUCGCCCGCGGGAACACCCUGCCCUACCCCGCCCACCUGGUGGCCGCGGCCCCCGCCGGGAUGGGCUCCGACGGCGAGGACGCAGAGGACGGCGACAUGCAGGGUCUGACCGAGAGGGUCAGCAUCCUCUGAGCGGGGGCACAGGUGCAGCUCCGGGGCGUCGAGACCCGGACCCGUUGGUGGAGCUCUGGCCGGAGGAUGGGGUGAUGGGGGGGGGGGGCAGAGAGAUUAAAGGACAGGGGACAGACGGCCCUGAGGCCGAGCGUUCCCAGGCCCCGCCAGAGGGCCCCUCCCGCCUCGCUCCUCGUCUGCAACAUGAACUCGCUGAACGCUGUCGUGGUUCCUCUGAUCACGUACGCUCCGCUCUGAGCGGGCCGGACCGACUGGAGUGGUGACGUCACCCCCCGGCCCCCAGCCCCGGCCCCCAGCCCCGGCCCCCAGCCCCUGGCACCUAGCCCCUGGCCCCCAGCCCCGGCCCCUGGCCCCCAGCCCCGGCCCCUGGCCCCCAGCCCCUGGCACCUUGCCCCUGGCCCCCAGCCCCGGCCCCCAGCCCCGGCACCCAGCCCCGGCACCCAGCCCCGGCCCCGGCCCCUGGCACCCAGCCCCGGCCCCUGGCACCCAGCCCCGUCCCCGGCCCCUGGUCCCCAGCCCCCACUGGUCCUUUAGGGGUCGCCCCUGAUCUGGGGCUCCUGAACCCAGGCAGGGCCGUUAGCCGUGAUCUGAGUCUGGUCCACUUCCUCCAGGUCCCCCAGGUCCUCCAGGUCCUCCAGGUCUAAGUCCUCCAGGUCCUCCGGGUCUAAGUCCUCCGGGUCUAAGUCCUCCAGGUCUACGUUCUCCAGGUCCUCCAGGUCCUCCAGGUCUAGGUCCUGAGAGCUUUCUCCAGGAGGGACGGUCCACCUCCAGGGAGCGGAAGGAAGAGAGAAUGAAUCCCACAUUUAAAAAACUGAAAAUGACCACAAACUAAGUGUCAUCAUGAGUCUGGCUUAAUGUUCUGUCUUCUUAACGCCCCCCCCCCCUUGGGGAGCAGAAUGUUGAUGGUUAUCAAUCACUUCCUGUAUUCCGGUAACCACCGAGGCGGCAGCAGAUGCAUCUCUGUGUCUGUUUCUGGAGUAAAGGCUUCGCGGUCGCCUCAUACGUACACACGGGGUGAAGCCACACCGCGUGAGCGUGUCAGGUGACGCAAAGCCUCUGAUGGGAGAGAUGUGCAGAUGUCUGUCUGCUCAUGGCUAACGGUCAUGGCGUCAUGCUUUGUCAGCUGAUCAUAUUUGACAUAGAUGUAAUAUUAUAUAUUACAUAGAUCCUCCAUCUCCCCAUGAAGUCCUGGUUUAUUGGAUAGAGCAGAUAGGCCCAGAGUGGCUGACCACUGUCUCCAUGUCAGGCUGAUAGUUUAUUUUAAGUCUAGAUGCUUCUACUCCUUACUUACCACAAGCAGGACCUGUUGUUGAACCCUAUAGCCGUAUCCAUGUAGUGUCAAACGUGUGUAGAGAAUGUAUGAGAUAUAUGUGGAUCCUUCUAGCAUUUGUAACUACAAUACAGGCAUUGAACCAUAUCA